CGUGCAGUGCAGUAACUUUCGCCUCCCCCCUGGUCCAGAUGAAACGACCUGUCAUUAUGACUCGCUCUCUUGUCUCGCUCCCUCUUGCAUUAUUUCACAGUCACGAACCCAUCUUAUCUGUCGUCCGUCGCUUCAUCCCACCCCUGACUAGGGCUGCAAGGACGGGGAACCGGUCUCGGAGACAGCUAUACUCUACUCUAGUUCAGCUAUCCACAAUCCACAUCUGUUAUGCAGUCAUUCUUAUAGUUAGUUUUCUUACCAUCCCCCCCCCCCCCUUCAACGAUCGGAAUCGGGAUCGCAAUGUUUACUGUUGGCGUGACGUCGACCUUGAUAGUGCCGAGGCUGCAAGAAACACAGUAAAAACUCAGCCAGGUUGUACCGCAGUAAGCAAGAAGGAAGAGGGCUGGCAAACCAAACCUAAGGUCUGAGGAUCCGAUGAGGAUUGUGUGGGUGUGGCUUGGAAAAUCGGACGACUA